GAGGACGGUACGAAUGGGCUGGGUCCGGGACGGUGUGUCGGGAUUCAGGGGACUCGCGGCGAGGGCGUGAACGAGGGGAGGGGACCCGCGAAGGGCAUGGCUGUCUCCGUAAGCUCCAACCUCGAGGGGUGGACCUCUAGGACCGGCACCGCUGCUACGCAUGCGUUAGGUUUCCGGCGACACUCCUGAGUUCCGGGGUUCGGGUGGGCAUGAUUGACAACUCCUGUGUCCCCAGAAUCCUGCAGAAGGACAGCGCCAUGUCCACGUUCAGGCAGGAGGACGUUGAGGACCAUUAUGAGAUGGGAGAGGAGCUUGGCAGCGGCCAGUUCGCCAUCGUGCGCAAGUGCCAGCAGAAGGGCACCGGCAUGGAGUACGCGGCCAAGUUCAUAAAGAAGCGGCGCCUGCCGUCCAGCCGGCGCGGUGUGAGCCGUGAGGAGAUCGAGCGCGAGGUGAGCAUCCUGCGCGAGAUCCGCCACCCCAACAUCAUCACGCUGCACGAUGUGUUCGAGAACAAGACAGAUGUGGUGCUGAUCUUGGAGCUGGUGUCCGGCGGCGAACUUUUCGACUUUCUGGCUGAGAAGGAGUCACUGACAGAGGAUGAGGCCACGCAGUUCCUCAAGCAGAUCCUGGACGGUGUCCACUACCUGCACUCCAAGCGCAUCGCGCACUUUGACCUGAAGCCGGAGAACAUCAUGUUGCUGGACAAGCAUGCAGCCAGCCCACGCAUUAAGCUCAUCGACUUUGGCAUCGCGCACAGGAUCGAGGCCGGUAGCGAGUUCAAGAACAUCUUUGGCACGCCAGAGUUCGUCGCCCCUGAGAUUGUAAACUAUGAACCACUUGGCUUGGAAGCUGAUAUGUGGAGCAUCGGCGUCAUCACCUACAUCCUCCUGAGCGGGGCGUCCCCAUUCCUGGGGGAGACCAAGCAGGAAACGCUGACAAACAUCUCGGCUGUGAACUAUGACUUUGAUGAAGAGUACUUCAGCAGCACCAGUGAACUGGCCAAGGACUUCAUCCGAAGGCUGCUGGUCAAAGAUCCCAAGAGGAGGAUGACCAUCGCACAGAGCCUGGAGCAUUCCUGGAUCAAGGUUCGCCGGCGUGAGGACGGCGCCCGGAAGCCAGAGCGACGCCGACUGCGCGCGGCGCGCCUGCGCGAGUACAGUCUCAAGUCGCACUCAAGCAUGCCGCGAAACACGAGCUACGCCAGCUUCGAGCGCUUCUCGCGCGUGCUGGAGGACGUGGCGGCGGCGGAGCAGGGGCUGCGCGAGCUGCAGCGGGGCCGGCGGCAGUGCCGGGAGCGCGUGUGCGCGCUGCGCGUGGCUGCGGAACAGCGGGAGGCGCGCUGCCGCGACGGGAGCGCCGGGCUAGGCCGCGACCUGCGACGCCUGCGCACGGAGCUGGGUCGCACCGAGGCUCUGCGCACGCGCGCGCAGGAGGAGGCACGGGCAGCGCUCUUGGGCGCUGGUGGCCUGAAACGUCGCCUGUGUCGCCUUGAGAACCGCUACGACGCGCUAGCCGCACAGGUGGCUGCUGAGGUGCAGUUCGUGCGCGAUCUGGUACGCGCGCUGGAGCAGGAGCGGCUGCAGGCCGAGUGCGGCGUGCGCUAGGCUGCGACACCCCCAGAUCUCGGCCCAUCCCCAGAAUAAAGCUACUUUCCACGCA